AUGACUGAAAGAGCCAAGUUGAUUUCAGCUUUCCUGUGUCCAUUUGGACAUUUCCAGUGGAUUCGAAUGCUGUUUGCAAGUGAUCAACAAUGCCUGUGGGGAUUCGUGCGUCUGCCACCAGAAGAGGAGGUGGAAGUAGGCCAACAAGUUUUGGAUUACCUGAAUCUGGACCCCCAGGAUGAAGGACCUCCAGGGUGUGGCACUCCAGGAUGUACCGGUUGUGAGAACGACCAUACUUCUCGAUUGUUGCUGACCUUGGCCGAUCAAAUGACGGUGUUCAAGAGGAAUAUCCCCGCUCCGACGCAGAUGUCAUCUGUCCUAGGACGCAGUUCGUAUAUCGAUGAUAUCGCACAUGGCGCGCCGACUUGGAAUGCAUUGUGUGCUUAUUUGGAUGCCUUACUAUACAGGCUGCGGUAUUGGAAUAUCUCAGUAAGUCUACCGAAGAGUGAGUUCGGAAAAAUGUCCAUUCCGUAUCUGUCGCAUGAGAUUAGCGCCGAAGGAAUCAGGGCAGCACCGAAGUUCGCUAAAGGUGUUCAGGAUCUACCGUUCCCAACUACCAUGAAGGGAGUGCAAUAUUUCUUGGGCAGCCUGAAUUAUUACCAUAAAUUCAUCGAAGACUACCCUGUGAUUGCAGCCUCCCUGUAUGAACUCUCGGAUGACCAAACGUUUGAAAUCCUGAAGCACAAGAUUGUGUCGACCCCGGUGUUUAGACACUCGGAUAGGACAAAACCGUUCGUUAUUUUACCCUCAUGCAAAUCAAUGGGCUACCUGUGCGGUCAAGAACAUGGCGGUUUGAUCCAGCCAGUGCGUUUUACGGGGCGUGUUCUACACGAUGCGGGGUUGAGAUACCACACCACAGAAAAGGAGGUCAUCGCCGUGUUGAGGUGGAUCAUGAAAUCCAAGACUGCAGACGGGAGGCGUGUGCCUUGGGGCGUUUUGCUUUCACAAUGGAACCUGGACAUCAGGAAAAUCCAAUGA